UAGCAGUACAUUCACUACCACCACCGCCACCUCGCACGCAGGCCUUCCCAAACACACGCUGGCUUCACGCAGCCUUAUAUAAAAACGAGUGUGGGCGGGGAAGAGGGUUCGGCCUUGGGCCCCCUGCCUCGGCCAAUGGGGAAGAAGCUAUUCGGCGCCCUUUCCACAGGGUGCUAAGGUGGCCCGUUCUCCCUGCCAACAGAGCUUGGGGAGUGGGUCCUGUGGCAGAGAAGAAGGCGGGAGAGGCGAGAGUGGCGUUGCGGAUAGUCUCAACUAAAAUAUCAAGACAGGGCGUGAAGGAAACUAAAAGGAAGAAUAGGAAUCAGGAAACGAAAAGGAGAAGGAAAAGGCAGUCUGGGGUAGAAAGAAAAGUUAGUAAAAGAAAGAUGUGCUUCAUGAACGAUCAGGCGCUGCUCCUGCCGCCUAAAAAAGUUCUCCUUGUUCCAGAAGAAAAUUCAUCUGAAACAGAGGAGCAGAGACUUGAGUUGUCAGAGUGACUUCUUGGCUUUCCCUUCUCUAUUGAUCAGAGGCACAAAGAAAGUGUAGCUUCUGAGCUGAAUGAUGACAACAUUGCAGAGUAAAGAAGAAUAUGGGAAGUGGCCAAAGAAAACCUUUGCCCCACCUGCACAAAAAUUGCAUAGCUUGAUGUGCUAUAGCCCUAACUCACCCAAGGAGGAGACCCUGGGGAUCAGUUCCCCAAAGGCCAGGUCAGAGAAGAAGGAAGAGAAAGCAACCACAGGAAAUGGUCCAAGCAGUGGCCUGGAGAAUAAAGGAAAGCCUCAAGACAAGCAAGCAGAGAAGAAAGAAAAGGAAAGAGCAAGUCUCACCAAUGCAGAAUUUGAGGAGAUUGUCCAGAUUGUGCUACAGAAGUCCCUCCAGGAGUGCUUGGAGACUUCCUGUGCCCAGCCCAUAAGAUGCACCCAAUUAGACAAGGAACGAGGAAUUUCUUCUACUGAUAAUGAUGAUGCUGAUGGAGAGAGGGUAAUGGUACCUCAUAUUCUAGAGAUUUCAGCCACUGAGGAAGCUGGAGUAACCUCUGUGAGAAAGACAUCUAAGCCAGGCCAGCCAGAUCCUGCACCCUCUCAGAAGAAAUUCAGUAGACCUUCCCUAAUCAAAGGAAAGAAGAGAGCUCAAAAUGAGAAAAUGGAAAAGGCCCAAAGUGGACAUGAGCAGAGACAGAAAAACCAGCUGAAAAAAACAGUUCAAGAUGAUUCUCAGACCAGAAACCAACAAAAAGGAGAAGACGGUGGUUUUAGUCAAUGUCUCGUCUGGGUCCAGUGUUCCUCCCCAAACUGUGAGAAGUGGAGGCGGCUUCGUGGGAACAUUGACCCCUCAGUGCUUCCUGAUAAUUGGUCCUGUGAUCAGAAUACAGACUCGAGGUACAAUCGCUGUGACAUCCCUGAGGAGUCCUGGACAGGGCGUGAGAGUGAUGUGGCCUAUGCCUCCUACAUCCCAGGAUCCAUCAUCUGGGCCAAGCAAUACGGUUACCCCUGGUGGCCAGGCAUGGUAGAAUCUGAUCCUGACCUGGGGGAAUAUUUUCUUUUUGCUUCUCAUCUUGAUUCCCUGCCGUCUAAAUACCAUGUGACAUUUUUUGGAGAAACAGUCUCUCGUGCUUGGAUCCCAGUCAACAUGCUAAAGAACUUCCAGGAGCUGUCCCUGGAGCUAGCUGGAGUGAAAAAGUGCAGGAACAAGGACUGCAACCAAAAGCUGGGAGCAGCCCUGACGAUGGCUCAAGAGGCAGAACAGAUCAGUAUACAGGAACGGGUUAACUUGUUUGGUUUCUGGAGCCGAUACAAUGGAUCUGACAGUCGUGGGGAAGGAAAAGACUUAAGGCUUUCUGGGGCUAACAGCCCAGAUUCCUGCUUGGAGAAAGAAGAGGAAGAGUCAGAGUUGGAGGCGAAGGAGUUGGAAGAGGAGGAAGAGAAAAAAGACCCAACUUUGUCCAGUCCCAAGCCAGCCAAAAUUCAGACCAAAAAACCCAAGGCAAGAGGCCUAACAGAUGGACAAGAUGUGACCCUGCAAAAGAAGACAAUGAAGAGAGCUCUGGGAAAUAAAUCUGCAGCCUCUCCUGUACCCAUAACAGGAAGGAAAGAAAGGCAUGGGAAAUCGGAGCCUGACCAGCCAGGCCCUAAGAAAAAAUUUAAAGCUCCUCAAAGGAAAGCCUCAGGAACCAGCUUGUCUAAGGACAAAGAAGCUGGAAUGGUGCCCAAGGGCCUGACCCCACCAGCUCAUCACGGGGUCUGUCCCGUCGGGGGGAAAGAAGGCUGGAAGUAUCCUCUGGCGGCUGGAAGUGUCCCCCCUGAUGAUGACAUCUCCAGUGACCUGGACUUGGAGCAACUCCUGGAAGAUGUUGGAAAAGAGCCAGAGCAACUGGAGGGGCCGCAGUGUGGAGAUGACCCUGGGGAGUUCACGUUGGCCUUCUUCGAGGAAUAGCUGUGUGCACCUGCCUCCCUGCUGCUCUCUCACUCCCUUCCCUGCCAGCAGCAGGGAGAGGCCCUCAGAGGGUCCCUGAGAGGCUGCUAAGUGUGGCGCUUGUUCAUCGGCUACAAGUCACCUGGCUGAAGUCCCAGCUGUGCAGUUUCCAUGUUAAUAAAACAGGUUAUGGCUUUCCGUA